UUCUCUGUUUACUCAAACGGAGGAGCCAACAGGACUUCUUCUAUUUAUGGGUACACCUGUCGGAGGUAGUAAACGAAUGUGUCGCACGACUGAUGACUUCAUGGCCCUUGAAGUGGAUGGUGGUUAUGUAAGGCUCACAAUGGAUCUUGGGGCUGGUCCACACACUAUUGAGUGCAAUAAGUUGUAUAUUGCUGAUGGUGUUUGGACUAAGAUCACUAUUGAAAGAACAGGCAAGUUGGUGAAGUUAUAUGUGGAUCGAGAAGAAAUGCAAGGUGAACCAGUGGAGGAAGUAUUACCUGGCAAGUAUUCUGUCUUCAAUCUUGAUCCCAAAGUGUCAAAAAUCUAUGUUGGUGGAAUUCCUGCUGGUACUCAGGUUAACAGGGCCAUCCUUAGCACUUCAUUCUAUGGCAAGAUGGAAGACCUUCGUCUUAAUGAUCAACCUAUCGGAUUGUGGAAUUUCAAAAUGGAUGGAACCAACAACAAUCAGCAACGAGGUGCUUUGGAAAGGUUAGAGAAUGCUUAUGAUGUGAAUUCUGUUAAAAAAGGAGGGUUUAGUUCACAUAAUGUUGCAAAAAAUUCUGCAUAAUGUCAUCAACUUUAUGGUAGGAGUACUUAUUGUAGAAAAUGUGCCAAAUACUGUAUAAAUACUUGGUUGUUUUUACUAAACUGGCUGUUUCAAACUAGGGUGACCUAUAAGAGGAAACAUUCAUCAUCAUUCAUUCAUUAGCAGUCUUGUCAGAAAUGCACACACAUUAGAAUUAAAAUAACUCCGAACUGCAACAUCUUAUCUCAUCCUUCAGAGAAUAGGCACUUCUUUCCACCUCCAGGACUUGGGUCUGGCUAAGUGAUUUUCUGGUUACAUGUAUUAACAGCCUGUUAUUACAGAAGUCAAUAUCACUUACCUUCUGUGACUUGCAAUCAGUGUAACAAGCACUAUUUGAUGCAAUGAUGAUGUGAGAAUCUUGGUUGUCGAAUUUAAUUCA